AAAAGAUUAGGAAACAAAUUUGUUUACAUGUACACAUUAAUAGAGAUUAGGGACCUAAGGUUAGAAAAUGUGGCAAAUCUUCUCCCAAGUACUGACUCAGGGAAAUCUACAUUUGUUAUUCAAGGAGAUAAAAUGGGACAUCAUGUUUCAAAUACUGAUCACAGGUUCUGAUUGUGAUUGUAAAACACCUCUGUUUGGCCUUACAGAGCAUUAUAUAACGCCUCCUCUCUGCAGUUCCCUCCACUGCCACCUCGUGGGAUCUGCUCCCCACAGAAUGGGUCUGCUCCUGCCCCUGGUGCUCUGCGCCCUGGCUGUGGGCUCUGGGGCUACAUCUCCACCCCAGCAAGUUUUCAACCCUUCGCCUUUACUCUCCCGUGGCUGCAAUGACUCAGAUGUGCUGUCAUUUGCUAAUUUUGCCCUGGGGGACAUCAACAGGGACCGCAAGGAUGGCUACGUGCUGAGCCUCAACCGAGUGAGCGAUGUCCGUGAACACAGACAGGAUGGACCAGCAGCUCUGUACUAUCUCACCCUGGACGUGGUAGACACUGACUGCCAUGUGCUCAGCAGGAAGUCAUGGAAGGACUGUAAUGUGAGACCACUGUUGGAAUCAGUUUAUGGUCAAUGCAAAGCAUUAUUUUAUAUGCACAAGACAGCAAGAAUCCUCUAUACACUUUCUUAUAACUGUACUCUUCGCCCAGUUUCUAGUGGAAGCAUUCGUCGAAUGUGCCCUGACUGCCCAGUGCCUGGUGGUUCUGUCUCCCGUGACUUCUCAGAUCCCAAGGUCUUGGAAGCUGCCACUGAAUCUCUUGCAAAAUACAACAGUGAGAGCACCUCGAAGCAGUAUUCUCUGGUCAAAGUCACCAAGGCUUCUAGCCAGUGGGUGGAUGGACAUUUAUACUCUGUGGAAUAUUUAAUCAAAGAGGCACCUUGUACCAAAUCCCAGGCCAGCAGCUGCACGCAUCAGUCUCCUGACUCAGAGGCUGUUGGCCUUUGCAAAGGUUCUCUGAUAGAAAAUGGCAACGUAAAGUCUGUCUCUGUGACAUGUGACUUCUUUAAAUCACAGACUUCUGCUCCUGGUGGUGAAAACUCUGCUGUUAACCUGGGUCCUGCGCAACUGCCCAAGGUGGAAGACUCCCAGCAGAAAAAGUCAGCUCCCACUGAUGCACCAGCCACAGCAGUGCCAAAAGGAUCUGUCCAAUACCUCCCGGACCUAGGUGAUGAGAAGCCCCAAGGGUCCCAGGAAAGUGUUCCUGUGGAGGCCUUCCCUGUGCAUCUGGAUCUAACCAGGAAUCCCCAGGGAGAACCUGUGGAUAUCUCCUUCCUCUUCAUGGGGCCUGAGAAGGAGACAGUGCUGGUGCUACCUUUCCCCUCCAAAGAACAACGCUCUGCUGAGUGCCCAGGACCAGCCCAGGAGGACAACCCUUUUCUUCUUCCUCCACAAGAACCACAUAAAAUCCUCUAUAGUCAUGUGGUGGCCAAAGGAGAAGGGAUUGUGUGGGAAAGGGUGAAGGGGUCAAUUCAAAUGUAGAAAGUUGCUAAUAAAUACCUCUUUGGCUCU